AUGAUCGACAGAUAUUUAAAAGAUCUUCAAGCAGGUGAAAAAUUGGCGGAAUGGUUAAUUGCUAAAUAUAAAGCACUUAAUGCAAUAGAAAAUUCCAAUAAUUAUAAUAUCAUUAUCCAAGAGUUGAAAACCAUCCUUUCAAAGUAUCAAUCAAUACAGUACGGGCAACUUCGAAAAGAAGAUGUCCAGUGGCUUUAUGACCGUAAAGAACAUAUGGAUUCUUGUAUAGACAAUAAGCUUCAAAAUAAUUUUAACCUUCUUAAUGAUGAAAUAAAUCAGUUAGGACGUGAUUUAGAAGCAAGUUCAAACGAUAUAAAACCUAAUGAUUACAAGAUAUAUCAAAAAUCGAUUCAAUAUUUAAAGUGUCUUCAUUCUGGAAACGAUCAACUAAGAAAUCAUAAUCAUUUAAUAGAAUUUGUUAACUCAGGUGUAUUGCAUUUUAUUAAUGACGAAUUAGUUAAAGAGUUAGUUAAAGAGCCCUAUAUAAAUGAACAUAAAUUCGAUGAACUUAAAGAAACAAUUAAUAAAUUGGAAAGCAAUAUUGAUUGUCUAAAUAAUAAGAGAAAAGAAGAGGAGUCUUAUCUAAAUAAUGAAUUCAAUAAAAGAUAUAAGUCAAUUUUUAAUAAAAAUUUUCAAAAUUUUCUUAGUGAAAAGGUCAAACUAAAGGAUUAUAUAAUGAAUCAAUAUACCAAUUCUAAAAUUCAUUAUAAUAAUGACAAUAAUAGUGAAGUUUAUAGAGUCCUUAAAGAUUUCAGUAACACGGAACUGCUCAAUGACAUUCAAAUUCUUCGUAAAGAAAAAGCACGUUUAGAAGAUCAUUUGAUGAAAACUAACAUUGAAAUGAUUUUGGAAAACCUCACACAAAACAAGCCAAAAUAUAAUGUCUUUAAUAAAAAAAAAAUGCCCACGCAAAACGAGCAAUUUGUCUCAAAGAUUAAUAAUAACCAAGCUAUUAAAAAGGAUUUAAUCGAAAUAGAAAACAAAAAUGAUAAUACUCUAGAUCAAUUAAAACAAUCCAAAUCUCAAAUAGAGGAUCUUGAUAAUGAAGUUAGAAAAUACGAUUCAAUUAUGAAGAAUGUUAAUAGUAAACGUAAUGAAACAAUCCAAAUGCUGAAUGAUGCAAUUAGUCAAAAGCGCCGGUGGGGAAAUUACUUAAAAAGGAAAUAUCUCCUGCUUAUCGAGUUUGAAAACUUUAACGAAGAAUCCCCAAAUAUUAAUAAAUAUAGAAAAAAUAUUGAAAAUAUUGAAGAUAUGCUUUUAAAUAAUAAUGACAAUAUCGGCAACACGUUUUUAUUCCAACCCCUUUACGAAGAAAAAGAGCGUCGAAAAAUUUAUCUGACUACUCAAUUUAAGAAUAUUAUUGAAGCUUUUAAUGAUGAAAAGCAAAAAUUAGAAAAUAAAUUAGUCUAUAUAAAGGAAAUUGAAAAGUAUCAAAAACUCCAAGGCGACAUUAAAUCUCUUCGUACAGAAGAAGCGAAAUGGAGAUCCAAUUUAAUAAAUCAACAUAUUGAAUUGGAAAAUUUCAUGAAUAAUGAAAGGUCUGACUCUGUUAUAAAUAAUGAGAGAGUUCAAAAACUUAAGAAUGAGAAUCAGCUUAAUACCUUUAAUUUUGAAAAUCCAACCCCAAAUAAUAUUUCCCGUCUAAUUAAUGGAUGUGAACAAACCAUCCAAAAACUUGAAGAAGGAAUUAAGUCUCUUCAAGCUGAACAAAGCUAUAUCGUUAAAAAAAUUCGUACAUUAAAAGUAAAAAUUAAAUGUGAAUUAAUGCUUAAAUCUCAUCAACAAACUCAAUUAGAAGAUCUUGAAAAAUGGACACUCAUCCCAAAUGAGUGUCUUCAAAAGAUGGAGCAAUUUCCAGGUAUUCUUAACAAUAACGAUGCCAGCUUAAACAAAACAAAAGGCGGUAAUGAUCGAACACAGCAAUUAGAAAAUGAAUUUUUUGAUCUUAAAGGCGAACUGGAAGCAAAAGAUAGUAAAAUACGCGAAUUAAUCGAUAAGAAUAAUUCACUUAAAAACGAGGCUGUCAAAUCAGAAAAAUUAAAAAAGGAAGUAUCGACUCUUAAAGAUGAGCUGGAG